UCCUUUUUCUUUAUUUCUCCACUGUCAGCUAGAAGUGAUUUUUACACUGACCGUGGUAAACAAUGAAAAUUUUCGGUAUCACCCUAAAAUUUAAUGCAUUUUAAUUGUGCAAGUGUUAAAAAAGUCAUAGGAAGGUAGCUGGAGCACUAUCCCUGUUUGGUAGCACCAGCAGCAUUGACUAAAAAUCUCAUUCUGCUAUAGUAACGGUGACGAAAAAUGUUCGAGAUACGUAACAAAAACACUAUGGUGUUCAGCUCCAUGGUUAAGACCAUAAGGCAUAGUGUGGUAGGCACCUAUCCCUCUUGUCAUGUGCCAACGCGUCUGGAUGAACGGCGUGCCAAGGCGCGAGCACUACGCCAAGAGCGACGACGCAAACCAGACAAGCCGGACGAUUUCGUUACUUACGACGAUUCCGGCAGUGAUGAAGAGACUCCACAACAACAAGAAGAAGUGCUGAAUACUUCAUUUAAUUUAUGCGAUUACUUACGUAGUCGUGAGACUGGUUUAAAAGAGCAACGAAGCUUCAAUUUCGAGAACACUAGCCGCUAUGUCCUUACGCAUGAUAUGUUACGAGAAACUCAAAUUCAUCUGGGUUAUAUCAAUAAGGUUUUCUGUUCCAAAUGGCUGAGCAAUCGUCAAGUUGUCUUCGGCACAAAAUGCAAUAAGUUACUUGUUUAUGAUGUGAAUAUGCGCCGCGUGGAUGCCAUUCCAACGCUUUCGAACAACCGAGCCAACCACCCAGAGGUGCAGGGUGGUUUACAUGCAAUUGAAAUUAAUCCAAGUCGUUCAUUCCUAGCCACUGGCGCACGUAACUCAGCCGAUGUGGCUGUUUACCGACUUCCUACUCUUGAUCCGGUUUGUGUCGGCGAGAACGGGCAUCGUGAUCUAAUUAUGGGCAUGUGUUGGUUGGAUGAUCAAUUCUUGGUAUCGGGCUCAAAAGAUUCGCGCCUAUCGCUUUGGCGCAUCAAUGAAGAUCUCAUGGAUUUCCCAGAUGGCGGCAAGGAAGCAUGUCCUACCUUCGCCACUAUUAAUCCACUUUGUGUGAAAGAUGUGCGCACAGCCCAGCGGAUUCGUUCACUUUGUUUCAACAAAGAAUUUAAAGAAAUUGCAGCACUUUCACUAAAUGGUUAUAUACAUAUAUUCAAUGCGGAAACGUUCAAACAAAAGUUAUCUCGCAAACUGCCAAAUUGUCAAGAUAAUGUGAGCAUAGCAUACCACAGCGACGGACUUUAUGCUGUCGGUUGUCGCUCUUAUACCAUACUUUUGGACGCUCGAACACUACAGACAAUCAAAAAGAUCACUUCGCGUUACAAUGGCUGCGGCAUACGUGCCACAACAUUCGAAGGUAAUCUGCUCACUGUCGGUACCGGUCUGGGUAUGUUGCUCUUUUACGAUAUACGAGCAGGUAAAUAUUUAGAGAGCAGCGUAAAUGCAUCACGUACUGUGGCGCUAAAGUGUAGCAAAGGUAUUGUGUAUCCUGAAGAUGAAAUGGAUGGCUUCCAACAAGUGAAAUAUGUACCAGCCAUUUACACUCACUGUUACGAUAGCACUGGUAUGCGUCUAUUUGCAGCUGGUGGUCCACUUCCAGCUACACUUGUCGGCAACUAUGCAGGCGUUUGGCAGUAAAGCACUGAAGCAAUAAUAACUACAAAAUAGAUAGCUGUAACUUAGCUAAAAUGUUCAGAUAUUCGUAUCUGUGUGUGAUUAUUGGAAGUGUUUCCAAUUUUAUUAUUAAGGCUCAUUAUUCAACUAGUAGGAAAAUAUUUUCUAUUAAUACGAGUUUCUUUUUCAUGAUUGCAUGCAGCCAUAAACAUUUGCUAGUAUCCUUGGCUGGUAAAAUGUGAAUAAAAACGUAUAAUCAUUCCCGUUCAUGGAUUGGUCACUAUAAUAACUGUUAUUUUCACGUUGCAGCUGCGAUUAAUUGAGCCCCGUUACCUAUUCCAUGUGAAUAAAUCGCUCCCAAAGUUUACAUACAAUACCAGAGCCCACUUGUCUCCACAAGGUCAGUUUAACUUGUGUAAUGGUUGCUUAAAACAACCUAAAGGAAUCGAUAUAUGUUCCGUUUAUUUUGAAUGUGGUAUAGACAUCUAUGUAGACAUAUGUACAUUCGGUUGGCCCUUAUUUCGAAAAGAGCUCGGAUUCACGGUCUCACCCCAUAGAAAUGUGUGAAUAGCCUAAAGACUAAACUAUACAAAGUUUUAGGUCAAUCUAAAAAGAUUUCC